UUUCCAGUGAAGUCUUCCACACUCACAUUAAUCCAUGCUGAUCUCUCCCUCUUCUCAUCAAGACCCGUGGAGUAACAUCCCUGGAUACCAAUGGGGACUACAUUGCGGUGGGCAGCAGCAUCGGCAUGCUAUAUCUGUACUGCCGGCACCUCAACCAGAUGAAAAAGUACAACUUUGAGGGGAAGACGGAGUCUAUCACCGUGGUGAAGCUGCUGAGCUGCUUUGAUGACCUGGUGGCAGCUGGCACCGCCUCAGGGCGGGUGGCGAUUUUUCAACUUGUGUCUUCAUUGCCUGGGAGAAAUAAACAACUUCGGAGAUUUGAUGUCACUGGUUUUCACAAGCAUAGCAUCACAGCUCUGGCUUGGAGCCCCAAUGGAAUGAAGUUAUUUUCGGGAGAUGACAAAGGGAAAAUUGUUUAUUCUUCUCUGGACCUAGAUCAGAGAACCACAGAGGUUGGCAGUGGGCCAACCAAUAGGACGUGGUUUGAGACAGGCUCUGUGGAGACUGGGGAGAGAGGCAGGCCUGUGAGAGUCCCGGGGACUGGUGGUGCCGUCGGUGUCGGCUGGAAGGCUUGGGUGAAGUCAGGCGAGUGCAGCCGGCUGCUGCAGGCACACUUGUAG